AUGUACCAAAUGCAAAGUAUAAUGAAUGCUCUUCGUUCUACAAAGCAAGCAUAUCAUUGGUUUGAAAACCAACAGACAAAAGAACUUUUAGAAGAAUUUCCUCAUAUGAUUGCUUCCCUCGGAAAACCGAGAGAAGAGAUUCCGUACGAAAAUCGCAAGAAUUUGGCUCCUGGUUUGAAAGGUUAUUAUGUUCAUAGACUUUUAGUAAAUGCUGUAGCAAUGUGGGCUUCACCUCGUUAUGCUUGU